UGAAUUCUACCAUACCAUAUCAAACCUCAGUUACAGUGGAGACUUCCGCAUGACUUUUGGUGAAAACAAAAACAAAACACUCCGGCAUGUACCAAAUAUCGGACUCUGACUCCGCUGACUCUGAUAGGGGUAUUCGUUAUAAAACAGACAGUAUUCGUAACAAAAGUAAAAAUAGUGAAACGGGUUCUAAAAGAGAUAGUAGUCGUGAUAAUAGAAGUCCAAGAAGAGAGAGAAAGUCUCUCCACAAAGACAAGCAUCGCGAGAAACGUAAAACACAUAGCUCACAUCGUGAUAGAGAUAGGGAUAGAAGAAAGCACCAGGAAAAAGAUAAACUGGAAAGAGAUUGUAAAAGAACAAAUGAGGAUGGUAGUCCAGUUACUGAUGUUCAGAGUUUACAACAGUCUCCGGCAUCUGUUCAAACUCAAAAGCACCCGAAUGAAGUUAAAUACAUGGGACCAGCAUUGCCACCUCAUUUACAGAAGAAACUUGGAGAAAAUUCACAGAAAAUGAUUGAAAACAAAGAUUCUUACUCUUUUACCCAAAACGUACUAGACUCACCCUCUGAGGAAACAAAGAAAUCUGUAAUUAGUCUUAUACAUUCAGAACCAUCAAAUGCAUCUGAUGAUCAUUCAGAUCUACCAACACAAGAAUCUAGAUUAGCAGUUGAUUGUAUGAAAGAUGAUUUAUAUGGGCCAACUUUACCAGCUGCCAAACCAAGUGGUAACACGGAUAAUGAUACUAAAUCUGGUAAUAAAAUCAUUGGACCUAUGCUACCUAACUCGCCAACUCAUAUGGAGAAUGAAGCCAUUGAACAAAAUUCUAUAGAGUCGAAUAAAGAGAUUAAAGUUAUUGGACCCGCCCUGCCUCCACAUCUACAAAAGAAUUUAGAGAAUCAAGAACUACUUUGCGGGCCUAGUUUGCCAACUAUGCAGGAACAGAAUCCAGAGAAGUAUAUUGGUCCUGCUCUACCUUCACAUUUGAGGGAAAAGCUUAGCCAAGACUCUGAGUGCCAAGAGAAAGAUGAAGAAGAGGAAGAAGUGUAUGGUCCUGUACCAAUGGGGGCCAGCUUUUCGAGGUCUCACGUGGAACUGGAAGAAAGGGCUUUGGAAAUGAAGAUAGCUCAGUUGGAUCCACAGCAACUGAAACAACCUGGAAGGGAAGAAUGGAUGUUGGAGUUGCCCGCAGUGAAAGCUGUUAACCUUGGACUAGGACCCAGGCAGUUCAGGACCAAAGCUGGCCCAGAUUUCUCAGAUAGAUCCACUUGGACAGACACACCAAAAGAUAAGGAGAGAAAGAAGCAAGGUAAAGAAGAACCCAAAGUCAACCUCCAGAGAGAAAUGGAAUUGAUGGAGAUGAAGAAAAGAGACAAGGAACAGGAAGCUUUAGCAAAGAAGAGUAAACGAAACAAAGAAAGUUUGGUGGAUAUGCACAAGAAAAAAUUAAAAUCAACUAAGGACGAUACUGCUCCACUGGAAAGACGCCCAUUUAGUAGGGAGACAGACCUUCAGGUGAAUCGUUUUGAUGAAGCCCAAAAAAAGGCCGUGAUGAAAAAAGCACAACUAUUAGACAACAGGUUUUCUUCAGGAGAAUCAAAGUUUCUGUGAACAUUUCAUUCCCAAGACAAUUUAAAGUUUUUUGUGCAAAACCUGACUUUGAAAUAAAAUUUGUUGUAAAGAAUUUGGGAAAUUGUUUGGCUAUCACUGUUAUUUUGGGGAUGAAACAUUACAUAAUAGAAAGCCAAGCAAUUUCGAGUGAUAUCUUUGUAGUCUUUAUUGAGUAUAUAAUUUGAAAACAAAGAUGUUCACUUAUUUUCGAAAUUAUUAAAAGAAAUAUAAGAAGUCAAUUUAUUGGGAGAAGGUAGAUGAAUUUAAUUCUUAUUGUUCAAAUCAAAAGUUACUAUCCUUUACUUAUUUUAAACUCCUUAUCAACACUGUUAUGAACCUUCCUUUCAAUUUCUUGAAUACUUUCCUAAAAUUGAACAUUGCUCUGUUUUUUUACAUUAUAGUUUGAAAAAUUUUAAUAAAAAAUCAAAUUUCUCAUGAGAAUUGGAGGUUGUAAGUGAAAUUU